AGUUUUAAACUACUGUUGUAUCACUCGCCACGUUGGAAGAGUUGAGUUGGGGCUGUCUUACCUCUAAAAACAAUUAUUUGACAUUUACUAUUUUUAUUUACACUACCCGCCUAUAUUAUUAAUUAAUCUCCACGCAUUAGUUAACCGUUUAAAAAAUGAAGGUUAAGGAGUUAUUGAAGACUGUCAAUGUGGCUUGGUCACCAAAAGACCAACAUCCAAUUUUAUUAGCAGCAGGAACUGCCGCACAACAAUUAGAUGCCACUUUUAAUACAUCAGCCAGCUUAGAUUUAUAUUCACUUAAUUUACAACAGCCUGGAUAUGACAUGGAAUGUAAAGUCAGUGUCCCCAGUGAACACAGGUUUCACAAAAUCAUAUGGGGAGCUCACGGUACCAAUCCAGCGGGAGUGAUUGUCGGAGGUUGCGACUACGGAUCAAUAAAAAUCUAUUCCGCGUCAAAGAUGUUAUCCCGCGAGCCAGACAGCUUACUUUGUAACCCGGAUCGUCACACAGGUCCAGUGCGAGCCCUGGACUUCAACUCAUUCCAAAGCAACUUGCUAGCAUCCGGAGCAACCUUGAGCGAAAUAUACAUCUGGGACAUAGUAAACACAAAGACUCCGAUGACCCCUGGCGCGACGAGUAUGCCAGCAGAAGACGUGCAAUACAUCCAGUGGAACAAGCAAGUGCAACACAUCCUCGCCUCGACCUUUUCCCAGCGCUGCGUCAUCUGGGACUUGCGUAAAAACGAGCCAAUAAUCAAACUAACCGACGCAAACUCAAAAAUCCGGUGGAAGGCACUUCAAUGGCACCCGGAAGUCGCCACCCAGCUCUGUCUCGCUUCGGAAGAAGACCAGGCUCCAAUAAUCCAACUGUGGGACCUGAGAUUCGCCACGUCGCCGCUAAAGACUUUAUCUCACCAUCAGCGAGGAAUUUUGUCCAUCGCCUGGAACAAUCACGACUCAGAUUUGCUCUUAAGUUGCGCGAGAGACAACACGAUCGUCUGCUGGAACCCCAACGCAGAGUCUGCAAGCGACCAAUUUUUGUGCGAGCUGAUGCAGACUAACCAGUGGAACUUUGACGUGUCCUGGUGCCCCAGAAGCUCUGGACUGAUUGUAGGCAGCAGCUUCGACGGCCACGCAUCAGUUUAUUCUCUCCUGGGUGUUUCUCAAGCCGCUGAAACCGCCAAUAAAAUAGUAGAUUCCUUCCCAGGAAUGGAUCCAUUCACCCAAGCGCCGCCAGCAGUAACACGAGAAGCAGCUCCAGCGCUGAAGAAAGCUCCCAAGUGGCUGAAAAGACCCGUCGGGGCUUCUUUUGGCUUCGGAGGCAAGCUCUGUAUCCACGAGAAAGAAGUAGACGCCAACAACGCGCUGAUCAGACCUCGAGCUUUCGUUUCCCAGGUGAUCACCGACCCAGACCUGGUUCACAGGUCAGAUGAUCUGGAACAAGCGCUGAAAAGCGAGCAGUUCUGGGACUACUGUCGCGGAAAGGCGGAGACUACUUCUGACGAGCAUUUCAAGCGCGUGUGGAGCUACGUGGCUGCUUACUUCAGCGAAGACAUCACCAGGACUUUCUUAGACCUUCUGGGGUACAACGUGCUCCAAGUCAACGAAAAAUUGAAGAAAUUCCUUCCAGAUGAGGACAUUAACACAGUGACCGACGGUGUCGCUAAGAUGGACGCCGGUAGCCUUCAAAAUGGCGGAUUCGACGGGAGCGCCGCCUUUGACGCGAUUGCGCAGCAAGAACAGAAGCGACUCACUCUGUCACCGAAGCUUCAGUCGGUAAUGAAGUUUAACACUUCCGACGACGAAGACGGCUUGAUAACCCAGGCGAUUCUCGUCGGGAAUAUUGAAGCCGCGGUGUCACUGUGCUUCGCGAGCAAGCGCUACGCUGACGCUAUUGUGCUCUCCAUGGCCGGAGGCCCGGACCUUCUGGCCCGGACACAGUACAGGUACUUUACUGAACACUCCGGAGCGCUAAACUCGCUGAUCAAUUCGGUCGUCAGCGAGAACUGGGUUGACAUUGUUAAUUCCGGAGAUGUUUCUUGCUGGAAGGAAACUCUGGUCGGGAUCUUCACUCAUUGCAACGGUGAAGAGUGCGCUGCGCUUUGCGACGCUCUAGGAGAUCGUCUUGCAAAGACAGAAGACCCUGCGCUGAAGAAACACGCUCAGAUUUGCUACAUCUGCGCGGGGAAUCUCAAUAAAAUGAUUUCUGUUGCGGAUACUGACAUUCAGGAGACUGUCGAGCUGGUGAUGGUGAUGAAGCGCGCUCUCGAGCUCCAGGGAGUCAAGAGAGUCGAGAUUGAUGGAAACAUCGCUGGAGUCUUGUCCCAGUACGCUGAAAUUCUCGCCAGUGAAGGCGAUCUAGAAGCUGCGCUUAAUUAUCUUGGAGAUGGACAGGAUCCAAGGAUUGUCAUGCUGAGAGACAGGUUGUGCAAGGCUUUGACUUACUUGCAGCCUGCUCAGCCAGCUCCGGCGCGGCAGCAAGUCCAAGGACAGUUGGGACAACUGGGACAGUUCAAUCAGAUGCCGCAAAAGCCGGCUCAGAAUUUCUACACUCCUGCUGCGUCGAAGCCCAACUACCAGCCAACUCAGACCUGGAACACCAGCCCGCUCCAGAAUUCGUAUGUGAUGGGUGGCCAGCAGGUCCAGACUGUCCAGACUGUUCAGCCUACCAGCCAGCAGCCUCCUAAUGUUUACUCGCCGCAAAUCCUCCAACCCCAGACUCCUCAACCGCCUCCUAGUUUGAUGACCCAGCCGCCGCAGAGCUCUGGAGGAAGCCAAUCGGGAUCUAGACCUCCGAGUGUCGGUCCCCAGUCCAGGCCCAAGUAUAUGAUUGAUCCUUCGGUCAAACCUGCUUACAGUGGCUACGGCUCUCAGCCGGGGUACAAUCAAAAUUCUUAUCAGCCCUAUGGAAAUUAUACGGCCAGUCCCUAUGGGCAGGAAGCUGAACAGUUCAAGCCGAAUAUCAUGACACCGGCGUUACCGGCCAAUCCACCUUCUAUUUAUGAUCCAAGACCUCAGCAGCAGCAGCAGCAGGUGACUCAGAAUCCUCAAGGGUUUGCUAAUGAAUCAGCUUAUCAACCUGGCUCUCAUAGUUCUGGGUGGAAUGAUCCACCUAUUGCUAAGUCUGCGCGUGCUCAGGCACCUGCAGAGGUUCCUCAGCAAUCUCCUAUCACUCAUCCGUUAUUUGGAGCCGCUCCUCAGCCAGAAAUUAAUAAUACAAUGCAGUCAGAGUACCAUCAAGGCCCGCCAAUGAGUAAUUACAAUUACAACCAGGGAUAUGGCCAGAAUAUGAUGAAUGAAAGUCAAUACAAACCUUUUGAACCCCUUAAACCUGUACAACAACAACAACAACAUGCACCCGAAGUUGCAAGAGAAGUUGUACCUGAAAAACCUAAAGCGCCUAUACCUGAACAGCAUGUUCAUUUGAAGACUAUUCUUGAUGAAUUGAGAAUUCAGUGCUAUGACACUGCUAAGAACCCGGCAAUGAAGAGAAAAAUUGAAGAUGUCUCUAAAAAAUUAGAAGUUUUGUAUGAUUGCCUUCGUGAUAAUACGCUCUCGCAAAAUACUUUACAAGGACUUCAUCAAAUAUCCCAAAUGAUCCAGUCUGGUAAUUACCAAAAUGGAUUGGCAGUACACACGCAAUUAGUAUCAGGGCCAGACUUCAGUCAAAUCGCCUCCUUCAUGCCCGGAAUAAAAGUCUUACUGCAAAGCGCACUGCAAUUAGGAGUUUACAUUACGUAAAACAUUUUUAAAUUCAUUUAUUAUAUAUAUUAUAUAUUUUAUAUUUUUUUUGGUAAAAUAAUUAAUGAUAUUUUUUGUUGGAACUGAAGAAUUUAGCCUUGAGAAAAAAGCUCGCUGAUAAUUCCAACGAGUUAUAAAUAAAUAAAUAAAUAAAUAAAUACCUAUUAUUAUCAUUGAUAUUU